AUGACACACCAGAACAACCUAACCCUACCCAUAUUCUCUGCGGCCCUCACCGUCUCUCUGUUUCACAGCCUCGCCGCUCCGCUUCUGCUCCAUCCUCGAACGGCGGCUCCGCUUCUCAUCCAUCGGCGGCUCCGAAUCUCUGACUCCGCGAUUUCGUCGUCUCUCUCUAUCUUCCAGCCUGUCCGGAACCGAUUCUCUUCCCUAAGCGCCUUCGCCUCUCUGCCCUCAGCCCUUGCGAGUUCGAAGCCGAUCUCUAAGCAUACCUGUGAGGCAAUCCACCGAACAAAUGGUGUGUUUGAACCCUUUACUGUAAAGAUUGAAUUUGCAGAGAGGUUGAUCGAGGUGAGAGAGAUGGGUUGUGUUGCAUUGACUUCUCUGAUGGCUACCAUUGAGCUUGAAUUUUUGCAACCCAACCACAGAGUGUCUCUUGUUGAUGAUGAUGAGAAGCCAUUGAAAUCUCUGCUUCAGAAGCUUUCUUAUAUGGAAGCCUUUGUGAAAAAGGAAUACAACAACGCUGUGGGUGGUGCUCCAAUCUGACGAAAUCUGCUAAACAAAAUCAGAGACUUUGCACACAAAGCUGAAGAUGCCAUUGAAAUACAACUAAGGAACAUCCUUCAACUUCAACAAAAAGAUGAUGAAGGGGAACUCCAUCUCCAUCUCAAUCUCAGCUCGCAAGAAGUAGCAAAGGAGGCAGAAGAGUUGCUGAAGCUUAUCAACGAUGAAGAUGAAGAGGCGGCCAACGAUGAUUCUCUUCCGUUGAUUGGUUGGUCAGAAGCUGCAGCUUCUUCGCACCCUAACAACAUUAUUGCGUCGGGUGAAUCCUUGCAAUGCUCUCCACAGUUUGAGGAUAUAAUAAUGGUUGGUCAUAACAAUUUCUUUUCAUUGACAGCGGAUCUUCUCCGUCUUGCUGAGAUAUAUCCAAAACGAAGUGUACUCACAAUUGUUGGAGCCCCAGGCAUUGGAAAGACUACUUUUUGUAAAAAACUGUAUACACACAAAAAGGUUGUAUCACGUUUCGACAUUCAAGCUUGGAUUACUAUUCCGCCAA